AUGGGUGGUGGCGGAAAGAUCGCGUACCCCAAGGAAGUCUGGUCCCCCGCUGGUGGCUGGUACUCCCGCCCGGCCAACUGGAAGGCCAACACCGCCGUCAUGGGUGCCUUUGUGAUUGGUAUCGCUGCUAUGGCUUUUAGCCUUAGUGCGGAUCGCGAGUACCGCGACAAGAUGCCUGAACCUGGCAGAUUCUUCCCCAGCCGAUAG